GCUGGCGGCCAUAUCCCUUCGGUCCCCCAGUCGAGUCUGAGAAAGUAAAAGCAUCCCUGCCAUUCGGGUCACGGAGACGAGCGCCUCCACCUCGUCUGUACGCUGGUCUGGAUUUCAGCGUGUUCGCAAGGACCACAGCGGUGUUUUGUAGCUCUGGAGGACAUAAGACUACUUCACCUUCUUACCAGAUCGGGAACAUGAAAGAAGAAAGAACAGCUGCUGAGUUACAGAAAAAUAUGACACAGGGCUCGGUGGUCUUCGAGGACGUGGCUGUGGACUUUACCCAGGAGGAGUGGGCUUUGCUGGAUCUUGCUCAGAGGAACCUCUACAGAGAUGUGAUGCUGGAAAACUUCCAGAACCUGGCCUCACUAGGGUAUCCGCUACCCACACCGUAUCUGAUCUCCCAGUGGAAAGAAGAGGAGGAUCUGGAGACAGUGGAAAGAGGACCGACCCAGGGGGAGCACCAGGAAGGUUUUGAGACUCAGCUUAAAGCUAGAGAAUCAGUUACUCCACGAGAUAUUUAUGGACAAAACAUAUCCAAUGAACAGAAAAUAGUAAGAUUCAAAAGGAAUGACUCUUGGUCAUCCAUUUUACACAAAAAUGGGGAAUACCGAGUUAUUUAUUAUCAGAACAAAACCCAUGAGAGACAUUUGAGAAGUCCUGUGGUGGAGAACGUCAAUGAACAUAGUGACGAAAAUCAGUGUGCUGAAAUCUUCAGCCAAAUCUCACAUCUUAAUAUACCGAGGAGAACUACUGAAGUAAAGUCCUAUGAAUGCCGCGAGUGUAAAACGGCCUUCACAGAUCAUUAUUCCCUUAGGAAUCACAUCAGAUCUCAUGCAGGAAGCAAACCCUAUCAGUGUAAAGAAUGUGGGAAAGGUUUUCAUUUUCUUGCUUAUUUUAAGAAGCAUGUGAAAACUCCCACUGAAGGGAAAUGCUAUGAAUGUAAGGAGUGUAUGAAGGCCUUCACUUGUUCUUCAUUCUUCAGGGCACAUAUGAAGAUUCACACUGGAAAGACAAACUAUGAAUGUAAAGAAUGUGGAAAAACCUUUAGCUGCUCUUCAUCCCUCACAGAACACAAGAGGAUUCAUAGUGGAGAUAAGCCUUAUGAAUGUAGGGAAUGUGGGAAAGCAUAUAGUUGUUCCUCCUCACUCUCAAAACACAAGAGGAUUCAUAGUGGAGACAAACCAUAUGAAUGUAAGGAAUGUGGGAAAGCCUUUAGUACUUCCUCCCACCUUAUAAUACAUAUAAGAAUUCAUACUGGAGAGAAGCCUUACGAAUGUAAAGAGUGUGGGAAGGCCUUCAAUAAAUCCUCAAAACUCACUGUCCAUGUCAGAACACACACAGGAGAGAAACCUUAUAAAUGUAAGGAAUGUGGGAAAGCCUACAAUUGUCCUUCCUCCUUAAGAAUCCACAUGAGAAAACACACAGGAGAGAAACCCUAUGAAUGUCUGGAAUGUGGAAAAGCCUUCUACCUUCCCACUUCCCUGAAUACACAUGUGAAAAACCAAAGUAGAGAGAAACCUUAUGAAUGUAAGGAAUGCGGAAAAGCCUUUAGUUGUCCCUCAACCUUUAGAGCACACGUGAGAGAUCACACUGGGAAGAUACAAUAUGAAUGUAAGGAAUGUGGGAAGGCUUUUAACCGUUCUAAAUCCCUCAAGGAACACUUAAGAACUCAUAGUGGAGAGAAGCCUUAUGAAUGUAAGGAAUGUGGAAAAGCCUUCAUUUAUCCCUCAGUCCUUAGAAGCCACAUGAGAACACACACUGGGGAGAAACCCUAUGAAUGUAAGGAAUGUGGGAAAGCCUUUCGCCAUUCUUCAUACCUUAGUAUCCAUGCAAGGAUGCACACCGGUGAGAAGCCCUUUGAAUGUCUGGAAUGUGGGAAAGCCUUCAGUUGUCCCUCAUCCUUUCGAAGACAUGUAAGAAGCCACACUGGAGAUAAACCCUAUGAAUGUAAGGAAUGUGGGAAAGCUUUUGUGUGUCCUUCCUACUUUCGAAGACAUGUGAAAACUCACACCAGAGAAAAUAUAUAAAUGUAAGAAAUCUGGGAAUGUCUACAAGGCGUUUUCAGAUCCUCCAUCUAACACUGUGGAGAUACCCUAUGAAUGUAAGAAAGCAGGAAAUUGUUGCUUAUCUGGUUGAAGACUUGAGAACUCACAGCUGAGGGAACCCUGUGUAUGUAAACCUCGUGGUAAUGCCUUCAAUGAACAUUACUUCCUGUGUAUAAGAAAACUGCUAGAGGCACAGAUUAGUGCCUCACCUUUAAAGUGGACUGCAGGCUCAUUGAUUUUCACUUUCUGUUUUCUGAUGUGAAUAUUUUAGGUGAUACUCUAAUACUUUUUCACCUCUAACCAUGUUUAAUUUUGAGGUCCUUUUAUUUUGGCUGAGAUGUAAAGGUUCUUCAUGACAAAAUCUUUUGGACCCAUAAGGAGAUUUGAGGUGUUUUUCAUAGGCAGGAAUGGUCUUUUUUUAAAAAACUAGUUUCUAAAAAUGCUCGUUGUUCUCCAAGUGUACAGUUAUUAUGAUAUCAACACUUUGGUAUUUAUUAUUUCUUUCGUAAUUUUUUCUUGUAAUUGGUAAUUUCGUUUUGAUCCAGUAUGCCAGAUAUUGGAAAUUGCCUACUCAAUAUUUUUUCCUUUUUUUUUUUUU